UGGCCGCUGGGAAGACGUCAUCGCUUCCGCCCUACUUCCUCCUCCUGUUGGCGGCGGUGAGAAUCCAAUAUGGAGUAAAUCGGUGGAGUCGAGAGAUGGGGCUCGGACGGGGCGCCCUGCACCGCCUCCCAGGCGCACCUCCCCCGGCCGCCGACCGCUCCCCGGAACCCUGAUUGGCCCGGCCCCCGGGGGCGACCCCGGACCGAGCCCCCACCCGCAGCUGGCCCUUCUCUCCUCCUCCUCUCAGCAGUCUCAGCCGCUCCACGGCGCGCUUGUUUUUCUCCUCCUCUCCCCCACCGCCGUCCCCUGCCCAAAUCUCUCCCUCUCUGCUCGCUGCCGAGCCCCCGGAGCCCCUCCUGCGGAGCCCCGGGCGCUGCUGCGCUCACUCCUCCCGCAGCUUGCCUUUGCACCCCUUCCCCAAACCUCACCCGCGCUCCUAUCGCCCUGCUUCCCCUUCUCCCUUCUGCGGCGCCCCUUCAUCUCUCGCCGCUCCCCCUCCCCAACCAAAUCGGGCGAUCUCCGGAGAUGUGAAGAAGGGGGGUGAGUGGACAGGAAGAUGAAGGGAGCAAAGCUGCCCGCCGCGGGACAGGCGUCUAGGUGAACAGGAAAAUGACCGAAGAAACACACCCGGACGAUGACAGCUAUAUUGUGCGUGUCAAGGCUGUGGUUAUGACCAGAGAUGACUCCAGCGGGGGAUGGUUCCCACAGGAAGGAGGCGGGAUCAGUCGCGUGGGGGUCUGUAAGGUCAUGCACCCCGAAGGCAAUGGACGAAGCGGCUUUCUCAUCCAUGGUGAACGCCAGAAGGACAAACUGGUGGUAUUGGAAUGCUAUGUAAGAAAGGACUUGGUCUACACCAAAGCCAACCCAACCUUUCAUCAUUGGAAGGUCGACAAUAGGAAGUUUGGACUUACUUUCCAAAGCCCGGCUGAUGCUCGAGCCUUUGACAGGGGAGUGAGGAAAGCAAUCGAGGACCUUAUAGAAGGCUCAACCACAUCAUCUUCCACCAUCCAUAAUGAAGCAGAGCUUGGCGAUGAUGAUGUCUUCACAACAGCUACAGACAGUUCUUCUAAUUCCUCCCAGAAGAGGGAACAACCUACUCGGACAAUCUCUUCUCCCACAUCCUGUGAGCACAGGAGGAUUUAUACUCUGGGCCACCUCCACGACUCAUACCCCACGGACCACUGUCACCUUGAACAGCCGAUGCCGAGGCCCUACCGGCAGGUGAGCUUCCCUGACGACGACGAGGAGAUUGUGCGCAUCAACCCGAGGGAGAAGAUCUGGCUGACGGGCUACGAGGACUACCGGCACGCGCCCGUGAGGGGCAAGUCCCCGGACACGUCGGAGGACGCCGACUCGUACGUGCGCUUCGCCAAGGGCGAGGUCCCCAAGCACGACUACAAUUACCCGUACGUGGACUCCUCGGACUUCGGGCUCGGCGAAGACCCCAAAGGGCGCGGGGGCGGCGUGAUCAAGACCCAGCCGUCCCGGGGCAAGUCCCGGCGGCGGAAGGAGGACGGCGAGCGCUCCCGGUGCGAGUACUGCAGGGACAUGUUCAACCACGAGGAGAACCGGAGGGGCCACUGUCAGGACGCGCCCGACUCCGUGAGAACUUGCAUCCGCCGCGUGAGCUGUAUGUGGUGUGCGGACAGCAUGCUCUAUCACUGUAUGUCGGACCCCGAGGGAGACUAUACAGACCCGUGCUCGUGCGAUACUAGUGACGAGAAGUUUUGCCUCCGGUGGAUGGCUCUUAUUGCCUUGUCUUUCCUGGCCCCCUGUAUGUGCUGUUAUCUGCCCCUUCGGGCCUGCUACCACUGCGGAGUGAUGUGCAGGUGCUGCGGGGGGAAGCACAAAGCGGCCGUGUGACUCAGUUUCCCUCCUUCCCCUAGUCCUCCUCCUCCUCUUCCUCCUCCUCCCACAGCCACAAGGAAACUUGUGUCCGACAUACUCUCACCUUCUUCCCUGCUCCCUGGUACCUUGAGGCGCUAUUCCAGCCUGGGGAGCCCGCCUGGUGGACUCUGCACUUUCCCCCGCCCCCCCCCCCCCC